UACAGGUUCUAGAAGUGGAUGUCAAUUCUUUAACCCUACUAUUACUGACUCAGUUAUUAACAUUAACACAAUUCAUUUACCUGCAACACAAGGUAAUGGCGAUAGAUUGCAAUCAAGCACACAUCAACAACUACCAAGUCAAGACGAGGUUAUUAAAAACUAUCUACUAAGAACUCAACAGCAAUUGUGCUGCAAUACCAUACGGUUCACACCAGCAACUUUGAAUACUAGAUACAAAGUAGACAUUGCCCACAUGUUCACUGAUCUGGAUCUACUCAAAGAAAAUGAAAAGAAGCAAGAUGUCAAGCCUACAACUUUGAACGAGGUUUUAAAUAUUAUAAAAUCCACACCUGCAUGUAAAGUUCUAAUAGAAGGUGAGGGUGGUAUUGGCAAAUCAACCCUUCUCCGGUAUAUAGCAUACAAUUGGGCCACAGAAUCAGACAAAACCUUCAAAGGUAAAAUAGUCUUUCUUGUCAACAUAUCCACUAUUGACAAAAGUGAAAGCUUUUUGGAUGGUAUUUUAAAACAAAUAGACAUAGAGGAUUUUUAUCUUGAAACAAAUCUUUCUCAAGAUCCUGUAUUAGUUAAACGAUUUAUUAGGAAUCACGAUAAUGACAUUGUAUUGUUAUUAGAUGGAUUAGAUGAAUUGAAAGUGGGUAGUAAGAGUCCAAUAUGCUUAUUCAAAAAAGAAAAAAUGCCAAAAUGCAAAGUAAUACUUACAUCAAGAUCUGAAAAUAUAGAUGAGUUUGUUAAAGAGAGCAGCAUACAUGUGAAAGUGAAGGGAUUCAGUGCAGUUAAUGUAAGAAAUUACAUUAAGAAACAUUUUGAGUAUUUUAAAGAACCUGCAUUAGGAGACUCACUUUUGGAUGAGUUGGAGCUGAUUUCAGAAUUUAAAUAUAAACAUGUGGACGUCAAAGAAAUGUGUAAAAAUCCAAUGUUGCUUCUAUCAGUAUGCAUUAUGUGGGAAGAAAGGCAACACCUUCCAGCUGAUAAAGCUGAUCUCUUUAAAGAGAUUUUUAGAACCAUCUUGAAUCAGUUCAUUCAAAAACAAGCAGAUAAGGAGCAAAAAAUCUCAGUAUUCAAAAAUAUUCCACAGAAGUGUGUUGAACCGAUGCUGCUGUUAGGGAAGUGUAUGUAUAAUGGCUUAAAACGAAACCAACUUUCAAUAAACAAAGCAGAAAUGGAAGGAAGAGAAGAAAUGGUUGCCUUAGCUUUAAAACUGGGAUUUGUGUACAAAGAUACACCGAACCGAAAGUCUGAUUUUGAAGAGAUUUUUACAGCUCCUCACAAAUUAAUAGUAGAGUCAUUGGUAGGAUUUUACUUAUGCAAACUAUGUCAGGCAGCAGGAUUGGAGAGUGAGUGCUCAGUGGGCAUGAAAAGGUUACUUCAGCCAUUGGAUGAUAAUGAAUGGAAGAUUAUAAGAGAAAAUACACACUUGCACAAUGCAAAAGUGUUUGCAAUUGGAUUUCUAGGUACUGGUGCUGGCAUGUUUUUUAAUCACUGGAUAACAAACAAUCUAUCAACAUAUCGCUCUUUAAGGCUACAUUUUAAAUUUGUGAAAAUAGAACACAGGAGUACUGUAGUAAAGGAACUAUUUGAUGAAAUGACUAAGAAAAAUUUAGAAAUAAUGCCACACAUAAAUGGCAUAUGUGAAUCACUAAGGAAAGUUAUCCAUCACUUCAUGUCUGAUGUAAAGGUCAAUCAAAUUGAAAAUUUUCUUCAAAUUAUGCAAAUUUUCAGUACAAGUUCAAAGUUUUCUGGACAAAUUGGUAGAGACAAUUUCAAGUCUUGGUUGGAAACCUAUUCUGGUAAGGAAAUGUCAUCUGAAGAAAAAUGCAAAAUGAUUGCCCACAUAAUGAUUGCUGUAUCAGAUCAAAGUGAUAUUUUGCAUAUAGCAAGUGAAAUAUGUGGUGAUGAUAUUAAAUGCCUAACAGAAGAAUGUCAAAAACUGAAUUUCAAAUAUGAUAUAACAACAUUUGAAUUGCAUAGCUUAAGUACUGCUACUUUUAUAAUUCAUCUGUUUAGUUUUGCACCACAACUUUACUCAUUGAACUGCUCCCCAUGUUGUAUUACAGGUACUAUUAUGAAUGAUGUAAUGAAAGAGUGUUGUAGUAGAGGAAUCAAGUUAGAAUUAAAGAAUCUUGAUAUCAGUGGUAAUAAUCUCGGUGAAAUUGAUGGUUCAUUAUUAGCAUCUUUAUUGGGUAUUGUUCCUACACUGAGUACUCUUGACAUGGGUGGUUGCAGUUUGUCAGGUGUAAUUGUGAAUGAUAUGAUGAGAGAGUGUUGCAGUGCAGGAGUCAAGUUAGAAUUAAAGGUGCUCAUUAUCAGUGAUAAUAAUCUCAGCAACAUUGAUGGUUCAUUAUUAGCAUCUUUAUUGGGUAUUGCUCCUACACUGAGUAUUCUUGACAUGGGUGGUUGCAGUUUGUCAGGUGUAAUUGUGAAUGAUAUGAUGAGAGAGUGUUGUAGUGCAGGAGUCAAGUUAGAAUUAAAGUUGCUCAUUAUCAGUGAUAAUAAUCUCAGCAACAUUGAUGGUUCAUUAUUAGCAUCUUUAUUGGUUAUUGCUCCUACAUUGAGUACUCUUCACAUGACUGGUUGCAGCUUAUCAGGUGCAAUUGUGAAUGAUAUGAUGAGAGUGUGUUGUAAUGCAGGAGUAAAGUUAGAAUUAAGGCAGCUUUAUAUCAGUGGUAAUAAUCUCAGUGACAUUGAUGGUUCAUUAUUAGCAUCUUUAUUGGUUAUUGCUCCUACACUGAGUACUCUUAACAUGAGUGGUUGCAGUUUAUCAGGUGUAAUUGUGAAUGAUAUGAUGAGAGAGUAUUGUAGUGCAGGAGUCAAGUUAGAAUUAAUGGAGCUCAAUAUCAGUGGUAAUAAUCUCAAUGACAUUGAUGGUUCAUUAUUAGCAUCUUUAUUGGUUAAUGCUCCUACAGGUAGUAUUCAUAACAUGAGUGGUUGCAGUUUAUCAGGUGUAAUUGUGAAUGAUAUGAUGAGAGAGUGUUGCAGUGCAGGAGUCAAAUUAGAAUUAAGGAAGAUUGAUAUCAGUGGUAAUAAUCUCAGUAACAUUGAUGGUUCUUUGUUUCUAUCAUUUUUGGGAAUUACUUCUAAACAUUUCAGUUUAUUAAUAAGGAAUGGCAGUUCACCAUGUUAUUUUAAAAAAUCCUAUAGUGUUUGCAAUGGUAAUAAUUUAUUUAAUCUUAAUAUCAGUGGUGCUAUCCUCAAUAUAAGUGGUUUCUCAUUAGAGUCUUUACUUAAAAUUUUUAUUAAACUGAGUGACCUUAGAUUAGAAAAUUCCAAUUUAUCGGGUGCAAUUGUGAAUGAUAUGAUGAGAAAGUGUUGUUGUCGAGGAGUCAAGUUAGAAUUAAAUGAGGUUUAUAUUAGUGGUAAUAAUCUUAGUGACAUUGACGGUUCAUUAUUAGCAUCUUUAUUGGUUAUUGCUCCUACACUGAGAACUCUUAACAUGAGUGGUUGCAGUUUAUCAGGUGUAAUUGUGAAUGAUAUGUUAAGAGAGUGUUGUAGUGCAGGAGUCAAGUCAGAAUUAAAUGAGGUUUAUAUUAGUGGUAAUAAUCUUAGUGACAUUGACGGUUCAUUAUUAGCAUCUUUAUUGGUUAUUGCUCCUACACUGAGAAUUCUUAACAUGAGUGGUUGCAGUUUAUCAGGUGUAAUUGUGAAUGAUAUGUUAAGAGAGUGUUGUAGUGCAGGAGUCAAGUUAGAAUUAAAGGGGCUUUAUAUCAGAGAUAAUAAUCUCAGUAAUAUUGAUGGUUCAUUAUUAGCAUCUUUAUUGGUUAUUGCUCCUACACUGAUUAUUCUUGACAUGAGUUGUUGCAGUUUAUCAGGUGUAAUUGUGAAUGAUAUGAUGAGAAAGUGUUGUAGUGCAGGAGUCAAGUUAGAAUUAAAGGAGCUUGAUAUCAGUGGUAAGAGUCUCAGUAACAUUGAUGGUUCUCUGUUUGUAUCAUUUUUGGGAAUUACUUCUGAACGUUUCAAUUUAUCAAUAAGGAAUGGCAGUUCAUCAUGUUAUUUUAGAAAAUCUUAUAGCGGUUUCAAUGGUAAUAAUUUAAUUAAUCUUGAUAUCAGUGGUAAUAUCCUCAAUAUCAGUGAUUUCUCAUUAGCAUCUUUACUUAUUACUAUUAAACUGAAUAUGCUUACAUUAGACAAUUGCAAUUUAUCCAGUGUAAUUGUGAAUAAUAUGAUGAGAGAGUGUUGUAGUCCAGGAGUCAAGUUAGAAUUAAAGGAGCUUGAUAUCAGUGGUAAUAAUCUCAGCAACAUUGAUGGUUCAUUAUUAGCAUCUUUAUUGAUUAUUGCUCCUAAACUGAGUAUUCUUAACAUGGGUGAUUGCAGUUUAUCAGGUGUAAUUGUGAAUGAUAUGAUGAGAGAGUGUUGUAGUGCAGGAGUCAAGUUAGACUUAAUGAAGCUUGAUAUCAGUGGUAAUAAUCUCAGUAACAUUGAUGGUUCAUUAUUAGCAUCUUUAUUGGUUACUGCUCCUACACUGAGUACUCUUGACAUAAGUGGUUGCAGUUUAUCAGGUGUAAUUGUGAAUGAUAUGAUGAGAGAGUGUUGUAGUGCAGGAGUCAAGUUAAAAUUAAAUGAGGCUUAUUUUAGUGGUAAUAAUCUUAGUGACAUUGAUGGUUCAUUAUUAGCAUCUUUAUUGGGUAUUGCUCCUACACUGAGUACUCUUAACAUGAAUGAUUGUAGUUUAUCAGGUGUAAUUGUGAAUGAUAUGAUGAGAAAGUGUUGCAGUGCAGGAGUCAAGUUAGAAUUAAUGCAGCUUUAUAUCAGUGGUAAUAAUCUCAGUAACAUUGAUGCUUCUCUGUUUGUAUCAUUUUUGGGAAUUACUUCUGAACAUUUCAAUUUAUCAAUAAGCAAUGGCAGUUCAUCAUGUUUUUUCAAAAAAUUGUAUAAUGAUUUAUUUAGCCUUAAUAUCAGUGGUAAUAUCCUCAAUAUUAGUAGUUUCUCAUUAGCGUCUCUACUUAUUACUAUUAAACUGAAUGUCCUUAUAUUAACAAAUUGCAGUUUAUCAGGUGUAAUUGUGAAUGAUAUGAUGAGAGAGUGUUGUAGUGCAGGAGUCAAGUUAGAAUUAAAGCAGCUUGAUAUUAGUGGUAAUAAUCUCAGUGACAUUAACGGUUCUUUAUUAGCAUCUUUAUUGGUUAUUGCUCCUACACUAAGUACUCUUAACAUGAGUGAUUGCAGUUUAUCAGGUGUAAUUGUGAAUGAUAUGAUGAGAGAGUGUUGUAGUGCAGGAGUCAAGUUAGAAUUAAUGGAGCUCAAUAUCAGUGGUAAUAAUCUCAGUAACAUUGAUGGUUCAUUGUUAGCAUCUUUAAUGGUUAUUUCUCCUACAUUGAGUACUCUUCACAUGACUGGUUGCAGCUUAUCAGGUGCAAUUGUGAAUGAUAUGAUGAGAGUGUGUUGUAAUGCAGGAGUAAAGUUAGAAUUAAGGCAGCUUUAUAUCAGUGGUAAUAAUCUCAGUGACAUUGAUGGUUCAUUAUUAGCAUCUUUAUUGGUUAUUGCUCCUACAUUGAGUACUCUUAAAAUGAGUUGGUUGCAGUUUAUCAAGUGUAAUUGUGAAUGAUAUGAGAGAGUGUUGCAGUGCAGGAGUCAAAUUAGAAUUAAGGAAGCUCAUUAUCAGUAAUAAUAAUCUCAGUGACAUUGAUGGUUCUUUUUUUGUAUCAUUUUUGGGAAUUACUUCUAAACAUUUCUAUUUAUUAAUAAAGAAUGGCAGUUCAUCAUGUUAUUUCAGAAUUUUUAAUAAUGUAUUUAACCUUAACUUCAGUGGUAAUAUCCUCAAUAUUCGUGGUUCUUUUAUUAGCAUCUUUACCUAUUACUAUUAAACUGAAUAAGCUUACAUUAGAAAAUUGCAAUUUAUUGGGUGUAAUUGUGUAUAAUAUGAUGAGAGAGUGUUGUAGUCAGGGAGUCAAGUUAAAAUUAAAGGAGCUCGAAAUUAGUGAUAAUCUCAGUGACAUUAACGGUUCGUUAUUAGUAUCUUUAUUGGUUAUUGCUCCUACAGGUAGUACUCCUAACAUGAGUGGUUGCAGUUUGUCAGGUGUAAUUGUUAAUGAUAUGAUGAGAGAGUGUUGUAGUGCAGGAGUCAAGUUAGAAUUAAAGCACCUUGAUAUCAGUGGUAAUAAUCUCAGUGACAUUGACGGUUCAUUAUUAGCAUCUUUAUUGGUUAAUGCUCCUACAGUGAGUACUCUUAACAUGAGUGGUUGCAGUUUAUCAGGUAUAAUUGUGAAUGAUAUGAUGAGAGAGUGUUGUAGUGCAGGAGUCAAGUUAAAAUUAAUGGAGCUCAAUAUCAGUAAUAAAUCUCAUCAACAUUAAUGGUUCAUUGUUAGCAUCUUUAUUGGUUAUUACUCUUACACUGAGUACUCUUAACAUGAGUGGUUGCAGUUUAUCAGGUGCAAUUGUGAAUGAUAUGAGGAGAGAGUGUUGUAGUUCAGGAGUGAAGUUAAAAUUAGUGGAGCUCAAUAUCAGUAAUAAUAAUCUCAGCAACAUUAACGGUUCAUUAUUAGCAUCCUUAUUGGUCCUACAGGUAGUACUCUUAACAUGAGUGGUUGCCGUUUAUCAGGUGCAAUUGUGAAUAAUACGAUGAGAAAGUGUUGUGGUGCAGGAGUCAAGUUAAAAUUAAUGAAGGUUGAUAUUAGUGGUAAUAAUCUCAGCGACAUUGAUGGUUCA